AGAGCGCGGGUGCAGUAUGGUGGGCGGGGCUGAUGUCUGCUCCUGACUCGGUGGGUGAAUAUGAGUUAGAGGCGCAGCCACCGCAUGGACAUUGUGGCGAGUUGAGCGGUCGUCAGCAGGUCAAACGUGGAGCACGUCGGUCCGAGACAAGCCUGAACCAAACAGUUCCCUGGUGAAGAACCACUACAAGAGACAUCAUGACUGACAGGAAGGCCGUGAUAAAGAACGCUGACAUGUCUGAGGACAUGCAGCAAGAUGCUGUGGAUUGUGCCACGCAGGCCAUGGAGAAGUAUAACAUUGAGAAAGACAUUGCUGCAUACAUCAAAAAGGAAUUUGACAAGAAGUACAACCCCACGUGGCAUUGUAUUGUUGGGCGAAACUUCGGCAGCUACGUGACGCAUGAAACGAAGCAUUUCAUCUACUUCUACCUUGGUCAAGUGGCCAUUCUGCUCUUCAAGUCAGGCUGAGGGCCAGCCUCGACGUUUCAUCUCUCAAAUUCUGAGCUUAGGCUCUAAACCUGGACUGUGAUGCACUGAUGACUGAGGCCACAUCACUACACACACAGACACGCACACAUACACAUAGACCUACACGCAUAGACAUACGCACACACUUACUCGUCAUGAAGAAAUAGCUAUAGAGGCUGUGCAUUAGUGCAUGGACCGUGUACAAUAUUUAAUUUGUAUAUGUUGCAAUACAACUAUUGCUUUUCUGUAGUUGCUCGUGUUAAAGCAACUUUGAUUUUUUCUUUUUUUUUUUUUUUUUUUUUUGUUUUGUUUUUUCCAAAGUCAAUUUUUUUGCACUGAAGUUGUACAAAAUGCUUCGACUGCUGCCUUUAAGUAAUAUUAAAGAAUAAAGAAUAAAUACAUCAUAUGUUA